GCACAUGGAUAAUUAUAAAAGAAGGUUUGAGUAAAAUUUCUUGAUAGGUAACACUGAAACUAGCAAAGCAGCUUCACACACACACACGAACAGAAACACAAACAACUGCAAAAAAAUCAUGAUGAGUAGAGAUGGAUUAAUCCAUGUUGCUAUGCUGCCAUGGUCAGCAUUUGGCCAUCUUAUCCCAUUUCUCCAGCUCUCCAUCGCCUUAGCCAAAUCAGGGAUCCACGUCUCCUUCCUCGCAACUCCAAGAAACAUCCUCAGACUCCCCAAAAUCCCUCCAAAUCUGUCAAAUCUCAUAGAUUUUGUGCCCCUUCCACUCCCCAAACCCGAAUCAAGUCCCCUGCCUGAAUCAGCCGAAGCCACCGUGGACAUCCCCUCCGACAAGAUCCAGUACCUGAAGCUCGCCUGUGAUCUCCUCCAGGAACCCGUCAGGGGUUUCGUUUCAGAAAAAUCACCCCACUGGAUAAUUGUCGACUUUUUCCAUCACUGGGCUGUUGAUAUUGCUCAGGAUUUCAACAUCCCGAUUGUCAGAUUCUGCGUUGUUUCUGCUGCAACAGUAGUUUUCUUCGGCGCUCAUAAGGUUCCCGUUGACGGCGACAAAAGAAUGUUGCCUCAGAGCUGGACUCUCCCGCCCAAAUACAUCGAUUUUUCGUCGACAGUUGCGUACAAGAAGCACGAGGCUGAAGAAAUGCACGCUGGAUAUUUCGGGCUGAACGCGUCGGGAAUGCCUGACGGCUCCCGGGUAGCUAAAAUAAUUCGAGCAUGUGAUGCGAUUGCCUUGCGCACCUGCCCUGAAUUCGAAGCCGAUUACUUGAAACUGCAUGAGAAACUCACCGGAAAGCUUGUCUUUCCGGUGGGAUUCCUCCCGCCCGAAAAAAUGAAGCGGAGAUCACCAACUUCCAAUGAAGAACCGUGGAGCGGAAUUUUCCAGUGGUUGGACAAACAAAACCCAAGAUCAGUUGUUUUCGUGGGGUUCGGCAGCGAGUGUAAACUGAACAAAGAUCAAAUUCACGAGAUAGCACACGGGGUUGAGCUUUCCGGGCUGCCAUUUUUAUGGGCCCUGAGAAAACCCGACUGGGCUGACGACGAUGAGGAUGCGUUUCCGGCAGGGUUCCGCGAGCGGACCGCCGCGAGAGGAGUGGCGCACGUUGGAUGGGCGCCGCAGAGGGAGGUUCUUAGCCACCCGUCUGUUGGAGGGUGUUUGUUCCACGCGGGAUGGGGGUCGAUUAUAGAGAGUUUGCAGUACGGUCAUUGUCUUGUUUUUCUGCCGUUCAUCAUCGAUCAGCCAUUGAAUGCGCGGCUGUUGGUGGAGAAGGGUUUGGGGUGGGAAGUUGAAAGGGGUGAAGAUGGGUCGUUCAGCAGAUAUGACAUUGCGAAAGCAUUGGAGAAAGCUAUGGUUUUGAAGGAAGGAGAAGAAGUUAGGGUAAGGGGUAGGGAAGCUGGUGAUGGGAUUUUUGGAGAUGAAAAACUCCAUCAUUCUUAUGUUGAGAAAUUUGUUGAGUACCUUAAGAAUCAUAAAUUUUAAUUUAAUUUGAAUA